UUAAAAAUGUUAAAUUUCAAAAACGCUGCCGCCCUUUGGGCUUUAAUAUAUUUUACUCUCUUGCCGCCGGAGUGUUCGAGCAAAAUGUUUACCCGCUGCCAAUUGGCCAAGGAGCUAUUGCGUCACGAUUUCCCAAGAAGUUAUUUAGCAAAUUGGGUGUGCCUGGUGGAGAAUGAGAGCGGCCGUAGUACUUCAAAAGUUAUGCAAUUAUCAAAUCAAAGUGUGGGUUAUGGACUAUUUCAGAUAAAUAGUAAAAAUUGGUGCCGAAAAGGGCGUAAGGGUGGCAUUUGCAAUAUUAAAUGUGAAGAUUUCUUAAAUGAUGAAAUUUCGGAUGAUUCGCGAUGUGCCAUGCAGAUUUUUAAUCGUCAUGGGUUUCAGGCUUGGCCUGGUUGGGUAAAUAAAUGUCGUGGGCGAUCAUUACCAGAUGUAUCUCGCUGCUGAGUUUGAAAUGGAAUGACGACGAUCGGUGGCUUGGUUGGUUGGCGGUUUGGCUGUCUGCUGCCAAG